ACCAAAAUUAUCAGGACCAGGUGAGCCAUUUAAAGAUUUUGUGAUAAAGGAAGAAAUUGAAUGUGGAUUUGAUGGAUUUAUAAACCUGGUCGGAAUUGAGAGCCCAGGUCUACCUUCAUCUUUGGCUAUUGCCGAAAUGGUUGAUAACAUUUUGAAGGAUAGAUAA